GACUCCGCCCCUUCCUGUUUGCUGCAGCGAGGUGUUCUUCAAAUAUGGCGCAGUUUCAACAUGAGCGUUUAAAACAAGACGCUGCUUGCGGAGACGUGAAACUGGCGUCUGAUGUUCAUCCAGUCUUGAACCCGGAUUAAAAAUGAUCUGCCCUGACCAAAUGACUCAAAGCUUUUGUGGAUUGAAGUCGCCUCGGUGUCAAACAGCCUACUAGCUUAGCGCCUGGUAUUUGACCAUGGGCUAGGGAGAGCAGCAGGCCGCAGCAGCGCCAUGUUGGAAAUUGCUGCGUUUGUUAUUUGAAGCAGAAGAGGCGCGACCGACCGGAAAUGGCGUUUCAGCUGCGAUUUGUUUGGCUGCUGGAGAUAAAUGUCUGGAACUAGCAGCAGAUCGAUAAUCUAGCCGAGGAUCGCUUCAAGCUGCCUGGGGGAUCCGCUUGACCAAUCAAAGAUCACAGUUCAGUUUUACUAGUUCUUCUUCAUGAUGAUGGAGGAAAAGCUGCAGACGUUUUCCGUUCUGCCUGGUGGCUCAGCUGGUUUCCUGCUGCAGGUUUUUGUUGGACGGUUUCUCACUGUGUUAACUGGGGUACCACUCUGACUGAACCUGCACACACAGCGCAACAAAAACCUCCAGGCUCUCCUGAUCCACCUGGGAAACCCUUAAAACCUCCACGGAGACCCAAACAACCGGAACCAAGCUGUGUUUCAGAUCCAACCGGAUCUCCUUUCAUGCUCCAGGUUUCAUGGCUGCUCCGUUCUGAGGUGGACCAGGAUUUUUGUCCUGGUUGGGUUCCUCUCAACACGUCUUCAGGUUUUUGUAUGAGGUCGUAUCACUGUGAUGCUCUGACGUUCGGAAAGCGGAUCCAACUCACCGUCUCUCCUAAAGAUGACUCCCCCGUCAGUCCGACCCUCUUCCUCCUCAGUCCCCUGCAGCCCGCCGGUUCCUCCCAGAACGUCGGGUCCCCGUCGGGUCCAAACGUCUGUCUGGCUGCAGGUUUCCGUCCAAAGGGGGCCGACAUGGUUCUGAGAACCACGGGGGGUCCGAUCUCCCUGAAAACGAGUGCAGCCCGUCUGUCGCCGAUCACCGGAACCUACUACUACCCCGGCUUCAGCGACGACACCAUCCGCUCCUGCAGCCUGGACCAGUCGGCGUCCGGCGGCGGCCAGUCGGCGUCCGGCGGCGGCCAGUCGGCGUCCGGGGGCGGGGAAACAGGAAAUCAACCUGAAGGGAUUCAUCCAGAAAAAUCCCAGCAGAACUUCUGGGUUCUGCUGAUCAGCGCCGUCCGGUUGAUCCUGGCCAAAGCCGUGACCUUUAACACCAUCCUGACCGUCAGAACCUUGACCCUGUGACCCGUCUGGGCCGCCGUCCGAACCGCCUGCAGGACGUAGAAACGCGUCACUCAGAUUGUAUAGAAAUGAAUCAGGAGGAGAAACUGAGUGAAAUGUUUGUUUUAAAUUGAUCAAAUAAAAAUAAAAUGUUUCCUGUUUUUAUCGGCUAAAUUUAUUAUUUUGUUUGAUUCUUACAAAAACGCCUCCAAACAAAGUUUGCAAAAGAAAUAAAGUUAUUAUUAAGCACAAGUUAAAUUUAGCAGCAUGUUUCUGUUUAUGAAAAUAAGUUUUUUAUCUUUUUGCUUUAAUUCUUUUGUCUUCACAGAAACAAAAAUGAAGGAAACGGUUCAAUUCGAUGUUCUUCCUGGUUUGAUCAGAAACGUUUGGCAGAAUUUUAACAACCAGCUUCAGGUUUUAAUGACAGAAAAGUUCAGAAUAUUCUGACUGAACUAGUUCAGUUCAGUUCAGUUCAGUUCAGUUCAGUUCAGUUCAGCCUCUGAUCUGUUUGUUGAGAUGAAUGAAUGAAUGAUGUUAGCAGGUUAGUGAUGAACGUGUGAAACGCUCUCAGACCAACUCUUCAGUCUUUCUUGGAUUGAAUCUUGUUGAAAGUGCAGCAGAGGUUGAUGAACUCCUUGUUGUUCUGAAUUGGACCCGAGCGUCUUCAGUUUGGUCGGUUGGAACCGCAGAGCAGGAAGCUGAAGCUGCAGAUGGAACCAAAAACGGCUGCAGGUUUCACAUCGACUUCCUCCUUCUGACUUUAUUCAUGUUUUACUUCACAGCUUCAAUAAAAGUCUAAAAAACAAA